AUGUCCGAACCUACCCCCGCUGGAGCUGCCCUGAGCAAUGGCUCCGAGAGCACCAGCACACCAAAUGUCAAUACUGGAGACAACGCGUCAGGGUGUUUAACAUCAUGGUUUGUCGGUGGGAGGCACAACAAGACAUGCCCGGACUGUCGAGCACCGGUGAAAGCGCAACCUGCUCCCGCAUACUUGGUCCGCGCUGUAGUUCAAAUGUUCACAAGUCGCCCGGAGCUGCUUGAUAAGGGCGAGACUACAGUCGAACACCUAAAUCAUCAACGCGAGGAAGCGGAACGACUGGAAAAGGACAAAACAAAUACACACCCGCGGGAGGGGGGACUGUUCCGUGGUACGUUCAACAAGAAGAUUCCAGUCGCGCAACCUAUCGUGGACCUCGAGGACAAUGUUGUGCGUUGUCCACGUUGUUCGUGGGAGCUAGAGGAAGAUGAAGGGUGUGCACAGUGCGGAUAUCGACAAGAUGACGAGUCUGUUACUGGCAGUUCGGGCUGGAGUGAGUCAGACGAAAAUUCCGAAAUGACGGACUACUUGGACGACGAUGAUGAGAUUGAAGAUGGAUUUGGAGACGCGGACGAAUAUGGUUGGGACCCCAACCAUGACCACUUGCCCCUUGAUAUACAACCUGCCGACAUAGAUCAACUUUAUCGUCAAUGGUAUGGCCUAGCUCCUGGCGACCUUCCGGGUAUGCGUGCAAAUGGGCCUUUCCGCCGGCAGAACCAUUAUGACUGGCCUUCUGGAAUUUCGUCAGCUCUCGAGGAAGAUAGCGACAUGGAUGAGGAGGAUGAGGAUGCGGACAUGGAUUCGUUCAUCGACGAUGACUUGGAACAUGAUGAUUAUUCCGAAUCUGACCGAUCCACGGUAGUUGGGCGGCAUGAGAUCUCGAUCACCCACACUAUCGGAACUGACCUGUCAACCUUUGAUGAGAUGUCUGAGGAAAGCCUGGACGAGGAGAGCCUGGAUGAUGAAAGUCAUAAUGACGACGACGAUGAUGAUGACGACGAUGAGGAUCCGAUUCUGCCGCCUGCAGGUGGCAUGCGGCGCAAUCGCAUCCAAACCUACCGAAUACAGUCGAGUUCUCCAUCUUGCGAGAAUGGGACUUCUGGUACAGUCUCAGGACGCAGUGAAUCCAGAUCCCAAGCAGGAUCCCGCAAUGAUCGACGGCUCCCACAGCAAGUGUCCGCCGGGUCUACUGUUAUGGAUGCAAUCAGCGUGGAUGACGAUUCUGACGAAGGCCCCGUGCGACCAACUAGGCGGACAAGAGACAGGGGCCAUCGCCGCCCCUCAGCCUACUAAAGCGCUCCGACAUCUCAUCUACGAUUCCAAUGACGAUUGAUAUUACUUCCUAAUGAUCCAUUAUCUGCGACUUCCCCUGAUCCUGCGGUGCUAGUUCACCCAUCCUUGAGACCCCAAAAGAAAUUAUACCCUUCUAUAUUAGGCCUGCUACAUACACACGAACAACCGAGCUGGCGAUUUGAUCUACGACCACGGAGAAAAUACGAAGUCGUGUUCUAUUCUACUUGCAUCAUCCCCGCGACCAAGGCUUAAACUUCCCUCCCAGGCCACUUGAAAAUACCCCUGUUUUCAAUCUCUUGUCUCUUGCUGCUCAUUCAGUACCUUGGGUAAAGGUCGUUUCC